UUACAGUGAUAGUAAGUUGCUGUAUUCCAGAGCACAUGCAGAUUGUCAGUUUGCUCUGCCUCCCGCUCGCUCAGCUCUGCAGCUCUGCUGGAAAACCCCCACUUUACCUGCCACCACCGUGUUCUUAGGGUACUGAAGAUCUGAAAAGAUUUCUCCAGUACCUCCCACGGAAAAGAGUCUUCCACUUUUCUGAAGGGAUAUUGGCAAAAGUUAAUUAUAGGAGAAAAGUUUCAGCAAGAUAGAUGACUAAAGGUAACGGAGAAGACCCAAAAAGUGGAAGUAGGAUGGAACGCAUUCAACAAGGUGUCCGGAAACGUACCCUUUUGGCAAAAAAAAAAGUGCAGAGCAUAACAAAGGAUGAUGUUAAAAGUUAUUUAUUGAGGAAUGCCUUUGUGCUCUUCACCGUUGUUGCUGUGAUUCUUGGUGUAAUACUUGGAUUUUCUCUCCGUUCAUAUAAGAUGAGCUAUCGGGAAGUCAAGUACUUUUCAUUUCCAGGAGAACUGCUCAUGAGAAUGCUGCAAAUGCUGGUCCUGCCACUAAUUGUGUCCAGUUUAGUCACAGGAAUUGCUGCCCUGGAUAGUAAAGCAUCAGGGAAGAUGGGAGUCCGAGCAGUAAUCUACUACAUGAGUACUACGAUCAUUGCUGUACUGAUUGGUAUAAUCAUUGUGGUCAUCAUUCACCCUGGGAAAGGUACUAAAGAAAACAUGCACAGAGAAGGCAAAAUUGUGCAAGUGACAGCAGCAGAUGCCUUUCUUGAUUUAAUCAGAAAUAUGUUCCCUCCAAAUCUGGUGGAAGCUUGCUUUAAACAGUUCAAAACUAACUAUGAAAAGAGAAUGUUUAAAGUAGGUAUUCCAUCCAAUGACACCUCCACAGUCGCUUCCAUAAUAAACAACGUGUCAGAAGCAAUGGAAACCCUCACCCAGCUGAAAGAGGAAAUAGUUCCUGUUCCAGGUUCUGUAAAUGGAGUGAAUGCCCUUGGCUUGGUGGUUUUCUCAAUAAGCUUUGGCCUGGUGAUUGGAAGCAUGAGGGAGCAAGGUCAAGCACUAAAAGACUUCUUUGAUAGCCUUAAUGAGGCAAUCAUGAGAUUGGUAGCUCUAAUCAUGUGGUAUGCUCCACUUGGAAUCCUCUUCUUGAUUGCUGGAAAAAUUGUUGAGAUGGAAGAUAUGGGUGUGAUCGGUGGUCAGCUUGCCAUGUAUACCGUAACAGUUAUCAUCGGUUUACUAAUUCAUGCUGUCAUUGUCCUACCUCUUCUCUACUUCCUGAUCACUCGUAAGAACCCUUGGGUAUUUAUUGGAGGCUUAAUCCAGGCAUUAGUCACAGCUUUGGGAACGUCUUCCAGUUCUGCCACACUACCUGUUACAUUCAAGUGUCUAGAAGAAAUAAAUGGAGUGGACAAACGAGUUACAAGAUUUGUACUCCCAGUUGGUGCUACAAUUAAUAUGGAUGGAACUGCUUUAUAUGAGGCUUUGGCUGCAAUUUUCAUUGCACAGGUUAACAACUUUGAUCUGAACUUUGGGCAGAUUAUCACAAUCAGCAUCACAGCUACAGCUGCCAGUAUUGGGGCUGCAGGCAUUCCCCAAGCUGGACUGGUCACCAUGGUCAUUGUGCUUACAUCAGUAGGUUUGCCUACAGAUGAUAUCACUCUUAUCAUUGCAGUGGACUGGUUCUUGGAUCGCCUCCGUACCACUACCAAUGUCUUGGGAGAUUCCAUUGGAGCAGGAAUUGUUGAACACUUAUCGCGACAUGAGCUGAAGAACAGGGAUGCUGAAAUGGGUAAUUCUGUGAUAGAGGAGAAUGAAAUGAAGAAACCAUACCAACUGAUCUCACAAGAAAAUGAAAGUGAGAAACCAUUAGAUAGUGAAACCAAGAUGUAAAGUAGAGAAAGCAUGAUUCCAACACUACAAAAGUGGAAAAGACAUACUUUUUCCAGCCAUUUUUAUCUUGAAUUCACCAAGUUCACUUAUUCCUUGAUUUCUCCCUUUACGCUUGCACCAGAAAGAAUUAAUGAGAAUAUGUUCCAAAUUAGCAGUGAUCAUGGUGUAUGUUGACUUCCCACUUAAAAAGAGUUAACAGGCAACAACAUGGAUCCUGCUAGACAUGUGCUAACUGGGGAUAAAAAAAAAAAAAAAGAGAGAUUGUCAUUUAAAUUAAAAAAAAACAGAAGUCUGAAUAUGUUGCUCAGUCCUCUGCACUUUUUUUUUUUUAUGAACUGGAAAGUAAAAACACUUAACAGAGCCUGAAAAUGGUUUUAUUUUUUUAAAUACCAGUUGUAAAAUUCCUAACAUUUAUAAAUACACAAUCAAUACUUCUAACUUGGUUUCUGCAUCCUGCUAAGUAAAUUAACAGGUUUUUUCCCUUUUUUUCUGUUGGGUUGUUGUUUGGGUUUUUUUCUUUAGUUGUUCGAAUACUAGCAGGACAACAAAAAGAAGGACAAUAUUUGAAAAGAUAAAAAGAUACAUAAAUUUAAAAAAAUACCCGACAUCAGCACUUUUGUCAGCUGAAUUGAAAUAUUUGAUAAAGUUAUUUCAUUUAGACAGAGAUUUUUGCAUUAGCCUCAGCUGAUCUUGGCAAAAAAAUACCCUGUUAGCUUCUACUGACUUGCAAGCAUUUAUGUAUGUAUAUGUGUACUUCCAACCUUGAUUUGCCCCCUUAAUUUCAACAUCACGACCCAGGUGAACAAUCUAUGUGUGUGUUUUCAGGAGAAAGGCCAUGGGCUGUAUUGAGUCUGGGACGGAAAAUGUCUCUUUUCUCCAGAGAGACAGAACAUCUCCUGUUGGGGGAAAAAAACCCCACAAACAAUGCCAUUAUCUACUUAAAACACACUUAUAACAAUAAAAAGAAGUGCCCUUCUGGAGAAGGGGCAGAUGGGUGAGAUGCUCAGAUGCUAAAGGGAUUAGAUUCUAAUUCUGGAUCCCUGGGACCAACAGGAGGAUUUCUGAUUGGAAAACUUCCAAAUGUUGGUCAUCCCACUGGUAAGUUAUAGAGCUAUUAGAUGGAUUUACAUUUUUCCAUCUGGAGAAAAAGGCUCCCUGUUUCAAUGCAAGAUUUUGAAAUCCUUGUUUAUCACUAGCAUCUCAAAAAGAAAAAAUAAUACCCUUAGAAGGUGCAAUUAAUAGGUGGUUUUUAAUAGAAAAAAUAUAUAAAUUGUGGCAUAGUAAAUACUAUAAUAAAUGUUGAAAUUUUGAUUAGAAGGAUUUUAAAGCACAAUAUUGUAGGUUUCUUUCAGGGAAUAGAUAUUGAAAGAAUGAAAAAAGUGAAACAAUGCACUUGUAAUCUUGUGGCUUUUUUUGUUCAAUUCAAGAUUAUUCUUUGAUGAAGCUAUUUUCUAGAAAUAUAAAUCAUGUAUUUCUUCCUUUUUGCCUUGUCUUAUUAUAGAGGUUAAACUGCAAAGUUUUAUAAUGAAGUUACAACUGGGGGGAUGAAAAAAUAUUAAUCAACAGGCACAAUAGUGUUGAGUGAUUUUUUAAUUAAAAUGAUUGUCUAUUGCUCCCUAUCCAAAACUUCUGAUGGCAGAAAUGAAGGAUUCCCUUGCAAUGUCCCAGUUGCCACAAAAAAAAAAAAGCAUUCAGUAUGUUAGUUCUGUCAGUAAAUGAAUAUAAACAUGGUGUACAAUAACUAUUGUGAAAAUGUCAGCAUGCUGGUUGAAAAGCAAAUCUUUUCCCAGGCAAGACUGAUUUUUUUUAAGGACUGAAAACUCCUGCCCAUCUUCUCCAGUUGAGUAACCGAGACAAUACGAGCAGGAACUCUACAGUGAAUGAAGUGAGCAGGGUUUAAUACAAAGUAUUGAGCAGUCAAACCAACAAAGCUCUAAAUGAAUCUCUGACUGAAAGAGAACAAAAAUGGGGGAUUUUUUUUUUUUUUUUUUUUGCUAACAGAAUGCAAAUCUAGGAUAUAGACCGGCAUUUUCUGACAUGUAAUUAGAGAUAUUUUUAUAUAGAUACUGUAUUCAGAAUGUGUGUAUAAACAUUAACAGUAGAAUUUAUGGCAUAACAAUUUAAUUUUUUGUGAAGAUUUUGUUUGGAAAUACAUAGCAAAGACAAUGUAAAUGGCUGUCUUUCUAUGACAUCAGCUGAGAAAAAAGAAUUGUGUCACAAAGAAUGUGAUCUUUUUUUAUACUAACUUUGUUUGUUAUGGAAAUCAGGUAUUAUAGAAAGAUUCCCUUCCCCAUACCUCACUGGUUCUGCAUUGAUGUGCACCCAGUGUGGAUUGAGAAACAUUACUUUGUAGAUGUAUUUUCAAUAAAAAUAGUUUUACAUUA